UGUGUUUUUCUUCUUUUCCAAUAAUAGUGAACAGCACAUAGACAAAAAUUUGGAAACGAAAAACUUUAAUUUCACUUUCACUAAGCUAAACAACUAUUUCCGUUUUGUCGAAGAACAAAAGCCGCCAAUUUGCAAAGUAUUCAUCUUUUGUUAUAAUCCAAUUAUAAGACGUAGAGGCAUACAGAAGCCAUGUCUAGAAUACGUACUGUUUUGCAAGUGAUUACCAAGGCAGAGGAGUAAUAGAAAUUGUUGAAAAUAUAAAACAGUCAGUAAAUGAUUAAGUACGUAAAUUGAGGUGACCAACGACUGCAGGCGAAGCGCGGGUGAUCAAUUGUACUUAAGUACAACUAGUGCGAUAGAUAGUAAAUUGAGUGUUAGUGAUUUUGUAACGUAAAUAUAUAUUAGCUAUUUAAGAGAAUUUUUAAGAAUCGCAAGUUUCGAAAGUGGCACCGAGUUUUACAAGAAAUUUGGAGCACCACUUACUAGAUGUGUGCGCAAUAUAUGCAAAGCCAAAUCCUGACCAUCAACCUAUAGCUAGCCCUCAGAACAAGCACACAAAUUUAUACCGAAACAGUUCAUGUCAGCAGCAAUGGGCAAUUAUGAUGGUGAGAGUAAAAAAUCAACAGCUUUAGGCAGUUGUAUGGCGGCACUAAAAUGGAUACCAGUCAUAUUCAUCGCGGCUGUUAUCGCAUGGUCCUAUUAUGCGUAUGUGGUGUCGCUUUGCUUACUAUCCAUCGAAAACGUCUUUGAACAAAUUGUUUUUCUGAUAUUUUAUCAUAUAAUAUGUGUAUUGUUUUUCUGGUCCUAUUGGAAUACCAUCUUUACACCAGUCGGUACAGUUCCCCCGAAUUGGCGAAUUCCAGAAGCAGAAAUAGAGCACAUAUUUCAUGCUGACACUCAGGAUCAACAAAAGAGAAUACUAGAAAAUUUUGCCAAGACGCUGCCAGUCACAAAUCGCACACUGAAUGGUUCGGUGCGUUUCUGUGAAAAAUGCAAAAUAAUCAAGCCAGAUCGUGCACAUCACUGUAGUGUCUGUGGUGCUUGUGUACUCAAAAUGGAUCAUCAUUGUCCGUGGGUUAACAAUUGUGUCAACUUCACAAACUACAAAUAUUUUGUACUCUUUUUGGGCUAUGCGUUACUUUAUUGCCUUUAUGUGGCCUUAACAUCGUUGGAGUAUUUCAUACGCUUCUGGCGGUUGGAACUUUCACAACAGGGCGAUUUGAAUAGUGGCAUGGGACGGUUUAACAUAGUGUUCCUGUUCUUUGUAUCGAUAAUGUUUGCAAUAAGCUUGGUGAGCCUAUUCGGUUACCAUGUCUACUUGACGCUUAUGAAUCGUACAACGUUAGAGGCUUUUCGAGCGCCAAUAUUCCGCAUUGGUGGCCCAGACAAGAAUGGCUUCAAUUUGGGUAAAUACGCCAAUUUCCAGGAAGUGUUCGGUGAUAACUGGAAACUGUGGUUUUUGCCAGUCUACACGAGUGUCGGCGAUGGAUUGACGUACACAACUCAAAAGCAGCAUCAGAUGCAGUCAUACGACUCCAUGGGCGAUACCACGCAGCGAACCAGCCAACAUGAGUUGCUGCGCGAAGACGAUACACUGCCACUGAAUAUGACUGGCGCUGCUGUCGGCUCAGUAUCUGCGGCUUCCACUGCAACGGUGAAAUCGGUUGUUGGCGCUGGAGUCAAUGGAAUGGUGGCUGUAAUACCAGUUCAGCCGGCACAACCGGUGGAAGCGACCACACCAACAGCGACCGACAUAGAAGUUUUAGUUGUGCCAACUAUGGACACUGCCAACGGGAAUGUGAUUAUCAAUAUGAGAGACUUGGAAAGCAGUAAUGACGAACAGCAGCAACAACGAAAUAAUCAAAACGUUUAGAAUUAGCUAAAUAUGUGGCUACAUUCAUAUUUUAGUUCGCUGCAGAAUAUCCAACGAUUAGUUAUUUAAAAAAUUAAAAAUUAUAUAAAUACAUAAUUAAAGACCGCGACGACUUCAAUUGCGAUUCGAAAUCAAUAGAAUUAAGCCGUUAGUGAACCCCUAAAUAUUUCAUUUUUUUUUUUUUUUUUUUUUUAAAUUGAAAAAGGCAAUUUAAUUACAAUUACAAUUUAUAUAUAUAGCACUAGCGGUUAAGCCAUCAGCUUAAAUAUAUCAUAGUACUCCUUUAUGUAUGCCAUUGGAAUUGAGAUAAUUAUGAAGGCCAUUGGUGGGCCUUUCAAAUUGUUAUUUAUAAAGCUGAAAAAAUAUAAGGAAAAAAUCGGGUUAAAACGAGACUCUGAAGAUUUUCCAGUACUUUAUAACUGAAUUGUUAAAAACCUACAAUUCUCCUAUUUAGUAGGGAAAAUAUCUUGUUGAUUUUGUUAUUUAGUCUUAUUAUAUUGGAAAUAUUUCCCGAAGUAAUUUUUUUUUAGUUUUGUAUUGAGGACGAAGGCGUUGACGAAUAUCAGAACGCUGGAAAAUUUUACAAUAUAAACUGCAUUUAAAAACUAAACUAAGCUGCAUAUGAUCGCAAAAGAGAAAAGUAGGAAAAAAUAUUCCUUUUGAAUCAACGAUAUCUUCAUAGUACAUACCUAAUAAUGAUUAGAAGGUCAUAUAUGUAUAUAAUAAGUGUGUUUUAAUUUAAUGUUUUAAAAAAGCAUUUAAAAAUUCUUAUGAACAAAUGUCUAUCUGUAUAUAUAUAUACAUACAUAUUUACACUAGAGUAAUGUUAAGUAAGUGCUUGUUAGAAUAAGCCUUUUAUACUUUAAUUCCUUUUGGUAUUUUUAUGUUUUACAUUGUAAAAUAUUUUCAUUUAACUCUCACUUUUACUUUUCAUUGAAGCCUCUUUCAACUUAUUAUGGAAAAAUUGAAAUAGAAAAGGCAUGCAAUGCCAAGUGGCUAAAAGCUCACGCAGCUCAUGACAUUGUAGUGAUCUUCCUCUUUGACCACCAGUGUCUUUAUUGUAUAAAAUAUUAAUUUAUCGAUGUAAUACCCUCAUGAUAAGUGUGUAUAUUUCACUGAAAAAUGUAAUUGGUUUAUCUAUUUAUCUAUCUACUGCAUACAUACAUACAUGCAUACAUAUUGCGUAAUUUUGUAAUACAUUCAAAACUAUAAUAAUAUACUUUUUAAUACCGAAUUUCGUACAAUUAA